AUGUCGUCGAAGUCAUCAUGGAUUCCUUUCAUUUCAGUGCUUGUUAUAUUUUUAGCUGCAAAUGUAUAUUCAACGACGAUGUAUGAGAAAUUGAUGAGGAUUAAAUUUCCAUAUGUACGAGUGCCUUAUAUUGUACUCUCAGAAAUUAAAGGUCAUGAAAAAGUAAAUGAUGGAGAUAAUGGUUAUAAGCAUAUAUUUGCAAAAUUACAUAGUUCAGUGCUGUCGAAGGGUACUGUGGAAGAUGACUUGAGGGAUAAGGAUACUGUCGCAUCACCCCGCCUUUAUGGUGUUUGGAAGUUUCAUGAGAGAGGAAAUUUUGCUGGUUAUGGAAAGAAUCAAGAGCUUGCAGGGAUUCCAGAGCUUGCAAAGGAUUCAGAAUUUGCAGGGAUUCCAGAGCUUGCAAGGGAUCCAGAACUUGCAGGGAUUUCAAAGCUUGCAAGGGAUCCAGAAUUUGCAGGGAAUGCAAAACCUGCAAGGGAUCCAGAGCUUGGAAAGAAAAGCAAGACAAAACGAAAGUAUCGCUCACGAAUCCAUAGUCCGGAAAGCACUGAGCGAAUGAGGCAGAUUCGGAGAAACAAAGCGAAUGCUCGAGAACGCCAUCGUAUGCAGAUUUUAAAUGAAGCUUUAGAUAAUCUUCGAAAUGUCCUUCCACGGUUUCCGAAUGAACCGAAGUUGACGAAAAUAGAAACUCUACGCAUGGCCAACAGUUAUAUUCAUACAUUGACACAAAUCUUAAAGGAACAUGACGAGCAAGAACGUAGAAAUCAACCUGCAGUCGAAAAUUUACCUCCCAAUGGGGAGCUGAAUUUUCAUCCUUCUAACAUGAAAUUCGAUAUUGAGUUGUCUACAGCAUAUUACUGUCGGCAAACUUUGGCAUGUCUAAUCACUUUGCAGUUUGAACAGGUAGCCAACCGUCUACAUGUUACUGUUUUACCAAACCAUCACUCAGCAGGAUAUCAUCCAUUAUUGACACUUUACGCCAACAAAUUCUUUUUUUUCUUUUGCUUGGUAUAUAACAUGCAGUAUUUCUGGAAUGCACGUUUCCGUGAUACUUUGGUUGGAUGGGAUGAAGCAGUUGUAACAACAUUACAUGGAUUGGAAGAGCUUUCCCGUCUUAUGGCUGCUUGCUUGUCAGGACUGUGA